CGCAAGCAUCUUCUGUCUCACAUGCUUUUUAAUCUUUCUCCUCCAGUGCUUCCUAGAUCUAAGAUUCACUUUAGAGGCGCACACCGGCCGCGCGCACGCACACGCGCACACACACUCACUCGCUCUCUCACACACACACCACUUGGCUACAUCGCUAAACAACAAACAGCAAACAACUCCCCCUCCGGUAACUCCUACCGCACUAACUCCCACCUUACUAACUCUCAUCCUGCUUUCUCCCUCCAGAUUGCGCCCAGGACCCCUAGACUGUCCACGGUGGCCCACCCUGUCUGCAGCGCACCGGGGGACUAUGCUCGGAGUUCAGCUGCUCACAUCUUGUACUAGAAAAAAAUGAAUAUUGACAACAAGGGCUCUGCAUCUGCACAAGAAAGAAAGUACCACUUAACAACAACAAAAUAUCCUGGCCCGGCGAUGGUGCAGUCGGCGGUGCUCGCUGCUCUAGGUUGUUAGCGGCAGAGUUCGGGACCUAGUAAUCCGCCAGCAGAGGAAGGGGGCCGCGGAAUGAAAACGAACAAAAGCUAGAGCGCCAUGCCAAACAUCCCCAACGCGACCCAGUUAGGCAGGAGCCAAGAGGAGUGGUGGGGAAAUAAACGAGAAUACGAUGAGCUGCCCACUACGGCGGGAUGGACAGAUAGGGUUCCUGCUUCCAUGUACGGAGACCCUCACGCGCCGCGGCCGAUCCCCCCGGUUCACCACCUAAACCACGGGCCGCCGCUCCACGCCACGCAGCACUACGGCGCGCACGCCCCGCACCCCAAUGUCAUGCCAGCCAGCAUGGGAUCUGCUGUCAACGACGCCUUGAAGAGAGACAAGGACGCGAUCUACGGGCACCCGUUGUUUCCUCUGUUAGCGCUGGUCUUUGAGAAGUGCGAGCUGGCGACUUGCACUCCCCGGGAACCCGGAGUGGCCGGCGGAGACGUCUGUUCCUCUGACUCCUUCAACGAGGACAUCGCGGUCUUCGCCAAGCAGGUUCGCGCCGAAAAGCCUCUUUUUUCCUCAAAUCCAGAGCUGGAUAAUUUGAUGAUACAAGCAAUACAAGUGCUAAGGUUUCAUCUUCUGGAGUUAGAAAAGGUCCACGAACUGUGUGAUAACUUCUGCCACCGGUACAUUAGCUGUUUGAAGGGGAAAAUGCCCAUUGACCUCGUGAUUGAUGAGAGAGACGGAAGCUCCAAGUCAGAUCAUGAAGAACUUUCAGGCUCCUCCACAAAUCUCGCCGACCACAACCCUUCAUCCUGGCGAGACCACGAUGAUGCAACCUCAACUCACUCAGCAGGCACCCCAGGACCCUCCAGUGGGGGUCAUGCUUCCCAGAGUGGAGACAACAGCAGUGAGCAAGGCGACGGGCUAGACAACAGUGUAGCUUCACCUGGCACAGGUGACGACGACGAUCCAGACAAGGACAAAAAACGCCAGAAGAAAAGAGGCAUAUUCCCCAAAGUCGCGACAAAUAUCAUGAGAGCGUGGCUCUUCCAGCAUCUCACACACCCGUACCCUUCAGAAGAGCAGAAGAAGCAGUUAGCGCAAGACACGGGACUGACAAUUCUGCAAGUGAACAACUGGUUUAUUAAUGCCAGAAGAAGAAUAGUACAGCCCAUGAUUGACCAGUCAAAUCGAGCAGGUUUUCUUCUUGAUCCUUCAGUGAGCCAAGGAGCAGCGUAUAGUCCAGAGGGUCAGCCUAUGGGGAGCUUUGUAUUGGAUGGUCAGCAACACAUGGGGAUCCGGCCCGCAGGACCCAUGAGUGGAAUGGGCAUGAAUAUGGGCAUGGAUGGGCAAUGGCACUACAUGUAACCUUCGCCAUGUAAAGCAAUCGCAAGGCAAGGGGGAAGUUUGCAGAGCAUGCCAGGGGACUACGUUUCUCAGGGUGGUCCAGUGGGAAUGGGUAUGGCCCAGCCGAGUUACACUCCUCCCCAGAUGACCCCACACCCUACUCAGUUAAGACAUGGACCCCCAAUGCAUUCAUAUUUGCCAAGCCAUCCCCACCACCCAGCCAUGAUGAUGCACGGAGGACCCCCUACCCACCCUGGAAUGACUAUGUCAGCACAGAGCCCCACAAUGUUAAAUUCUGUAGAUCCCAAUGUUGGCGGACAGGUUAUGGACAUUCAUGCCCAAUAGUAUAAGGGAACUCAAGGAAGAAGGAAACACACGCAAAAACUAUUGACUAAGACUCUCCGAACUUUGACCAGAUGUGACACUUAAUAUGAAACUCCAGACAGCUGUGAUUAUUUUUUACUUUUGUCAUUUUUCAUCAAGCAACAGAGGACCAAUGGGACAAGAACACAAAUGUGAAGCGAUGGGGGUCAUCGAGACAAUUUUGUCCAUGCAAAGAUCCUCUGGAGAGAGACUCCGAGAGUUAUAACUACUGUAGCAUAAACAUAGGGACUAAGUUAAACUUGUACAUUUCUGUUGAUCACUCCGUUAUGUUGCCUCAAAUAGUUUUAGAAGAGAAAAAAAAAUAUAUCCUUGUUUUCCACACUAUGUGUGUUGUUCCCAAAAGAAUGACUGUCUUGGUUCAUCAGUGAAUUCACUAUCCAGAAGAGAACUGUGGUAUAUUUUAAACCUGUUGGGCCAAUGAGAAAAGAACCAUGCUGCGGAGAGAGAUGGACACUUGGCUGAACCUCAUCACUAACUCCAGCGGCUAGAAUGUGUUUUCAUGCCCGGCCUUUGUUCCCCCGUCCGUGUGUCCUUUAGUUUCAAACAGAUCUUUAUAGUUUGUGCUUCAUAAGCCAAUUCUUAUUAUGAUUUUGGGGGACUGUUCUUCAAAGAGCUUGCCAGUGAAGAUUUAGAGACAAAGCGAAGGCUUCUUCAAGUCCCAAGCCUUGGCUAUGGACAAAGCAAUCUUAAGUUGGACAGCUUCCUCAACGCGCGCACAUGUGUGCGCGAGCACACACACACACACACACACACACACACACACACACACACACACAGAAAUUAUUCAUGGUCAUUGCACCAUAAGAUUCUAUCAGGAACUCAAAGCUUGGGGGAUAAAACGGAGCAAGAGAAUACUGUAACAAACUUCGUACAGACUUCGGUCUUUUAAUUGUUUCAUGUUAGAUAUUCUAUGUGUUUACCUCAAUUGAAAAAAAAAAGAAUGUUUUUGCUAGUAUCAGAUCUGCUGUGGAAUUGGUAUUGUAUGUCCAUGGGAUCCUCUUUUCUCAGCACGUGUUCCUCACUAGAAGAAAAUGCUGUUACCUUUAAGCUUUGUCAAAUUUACAUUAAAAUACUUGUAUGAGGACUGUGACGUUAUGUUAAAAAAAAAGGUGUUAAGUCACAAAAUGCGGUAAUAAAUAUUUCAUUUUUGAUUUUU